UACGUGAUUCGGUCAAAUAAUUUGCCUUCACAGUCAACCCCAAACCAAAACAGCAUGGGCUCUGAAUCUCAAUCUCCGACCUUGGAGCUUGUAAAGGAAGAAAUCCCAGUUAAACAACAACCUCUUCUUCUAUCAGAUAACUUCAAAACUGGUCUUGUUCUCGUUGAUCUUGUUAAUGGUUUCUGCACCGUUGGAUCCGGCAACUUCGUAAUUCUGUUUUUUCCUUUUAACGCGCCAAAAGAACACGACGAGAAAAUUAGUAAGAUGGUGGAAAAUUCAGUGAAGCUAUCAAAAAAGUUUGCUGAGAAGAAUUGGCCAAUAUUUGCUUAUCUGGAUUCUCAUCAUCCUGAUAUUCCUGAACCUCCUUAUCCUUCUCACUGUCUUAUUGGCUCUGAUGAAAGCAAAUUAGUCCCUGAUCUCCUCUGGCUGGAAAAUGAUCCAAAUGCAACACUCAGGAAAAAAGACUGCAUUGAUGGAUUCAUUGGUUCAUAUGAGAAAGAUGGCUCUAAUGUCUUUGUUGAUUGGGUGAAAAGUAAUCAGAUAAAACAAGUUUUGGUUUGUGGGAUAUGCACUGACAUAUGCGUGCUGGAUUUUACCUGUUCAGUUUUGUCUGCGAGAAAUCGUGGUUUCCUUUCUCCUCUGGAAAAUGUGAUUGUGGCCUCCCAAGCUUGUGCUACUUAUGAUCUUCCACUACAUGUAGCCAAAGCUAGCAAAGAUCUGGUGUCCCAUCCACAGGAGCUAAUGCAUCAUGUUGCACUUUACAUAGCUGUGGGAAGGGGAGCCCAGAUAGCAUCAGAGGUGUCAUUUGAAUAAUGGAAAGAGCGCUAUGUGUUGGUAUAUAAAUAAACGCUGUCAUUAUCGUUCAAAAACAUGUUUCAGGUGGCAUUUAUAAAAAUUCCUUCGAUGAAAAGUGUCUCAGGAAGGAAAAGUUUCUCUAGAAGUUUGUUCUAUGUUGAUAAUAUUCUCAAGCAAACAGACACUUAAGUCUUAUUAAAAUGUUAUUGGAAUUUGUUUAUAGUAGUUGGUGUACUUGAACUUGUACUCUUAUUAUUAUGUCUCACACGAUCUUAAGUUUUUUCAUGACUCCUGAAAAAUUUAACAAUUAGUUAAAUUA